UAUCAGGCUGUUCUGUUUCUUCUGUUUUCUGUUGUUUUCCCUUUUUUCGUAAUCGCCGCCUCAGUUUUUUAAGGCGAACACAUACAACUAAAAAGCAUAACGUAUUGUUUUUGUCAAUCCAUGUAUGUGGAUGUAUGUGAAUGUGUGCAGCAUGCAAAAAAGAAAAGCAAAAAGAAAAGCGAAAACAUAACGGUACGGUACUACUUCUUUGGCAAAUGUGAGUGGUUAAAGUGAAUGAAGAAGAGACGAAGAAGAAGAAUUAAAAAUGUCAUUCAAUAUUAAUUUUAAUUGUGGUCCCCCCCCGGUCGGCCACUAUAAAAUUGGAGAAAAAGAAUCUAUACUGGAAUGUAUAAAUUCUCUGCCGAAGUGCGAUUUGCCUCUGCAGCAAAAGCCUGAAGUCGGUUGCCAGCAGACGGCCGAGAUUGCUGAUGAUAGCUUUGAUUGCUCCAAUCUCACAGCAGCACAGUUGGAGCAGUUGGCCCUACUGACGGCCGCAGCCAACCCUGGGCAAUCAAGCGUCAGUUUGAUGGUGAUGAUUCCCGCGGAAAGUUUGUUGGAAAUUGUUCAGGUACUGUCUGGCACCGCGGCCCAGAUAGUAUCCAUGUCGUCAACCGUUUUAAAGGGGAAUUCCAGCAAGGGAACAACUUCCGAGGUGCCAAUCUGGGUGGAUGCAGGAGUGGGCGUGCCGCCCAGUGUCGGAGAUAUGGAGAUGUACCAAUCGCCCGAAGACAAACCGAGUGUGGUGGUGCAGACACAAUCAUAUCUAUCCCAACAGAAAUCGACCACCGAUAAUCAGAGUUUUCGCAUCCUGGAACAUGUGAUAAUUCCAUCCCAGCAGCCGGGCAGCAUUGGCAGCCUCUGCAAACAAGAGCAACAGCUGAUGGCGACUACCGCUGGAGGCAGUGCCCAGACUUCGGUGCAGUCACCCACGAUGUUGUCCCUACUCACAGCCAACAACGUAAAUCAUCAAGCUCGGAAGUCCAAUGAAGAGGAAGUCCAACGCUCCCUCGAUUUCAUUCUGACAGAUAAAUUGUUACGCAGAAUGUCUCUCUACAUUUCGGCGUUCAUAAUUCCUUGAAUCUUCACCAGGGGACCUAAGCCCAUUGGAGAAUGUAUAUUGAUUUUAGUAACAAAAAUAAAAAAAUUAAAUAAAAAUUCCGUUUUUCUUUUGUG